AUGCCAUCCAGCGUGCCAUCCAACAUGCUAUCCGACAUGCCAACAAACAUGCAAUCCGACAUGCCAACAAACAUGCCAACGGUUAUACCACCAGACAUGCCAUCGGACUUGACACCGGAUAUGCCAGCCCUCGUGGUUGACAGACUUUACGAUACACCUUACGAUCCCAUUUCCGCACACAUGCGACAAAACUAUAUCCUAGAAAGACGGCAGUUCAAGUGGGUUCUCCAUGAGUUGGCACAAUACAAGGAGGUAUUUGCCAACAUGCACUCAGACUUGAGGAACGCUGAUGCACUCAAUGCUCUUUUGGUGACGGAAUUGAGGAAAAUUGAUCCUUGGAACAUGCUCCUAGGGAUGCCUGAAUUCCAGCUGGAUCCCCGGAAUAUUGCCUCUGGAUUACACGGCACUGAGAAUCAGGCCUCUUGGUCUGACGCCUCUGGGUCUCACGCCUCGGGAUCACACACCCUGGGGCCUCUUACCUCCAGGCCUCGCGCCUCUAGGCCUCGCGCCUCUAAGUCUCGCACCUCUGGGUCUCGCGCCUCUGGGUCUCGUGCCUCUGGGUCUCGCACCCCUGGUGUCCCUAGACCUCACACCCCUGGGUCUCAAUAG